UCCAACGCGCGUAAUGCGGACCUUCCCCUGCAGCGGUCUUAUCUGCAAACGGCCAACGAGCGGCUCAGUUCAUGGAUUGUUUUAACGCGGGGGUCGUUUCUCAUUCCCGAAGACUGAUUUCAUCCGUGGACAUAUUUUUACUUUUUCUGUCUAUAGUUUCCAAAGUGAACAAACCUUAGAAAUGUUUCUGCACAGGAUGCUCAUCUGUGGGAGCUCGUGCUUGAAACGGAUGGCCACAUUACUUCACGUGGGUCUGAUCCUGCAGCUGGCGGCGUGGGAAACGACAGAGGCCAUCCACCCGGACUGCGCCCUGGUGGUUCAGCACAUGAAGGCUCAGGAAGAAUGCAACCGGAUCCUCAAACAGGAGGAGAAGAACCACUCCACCAGGACAGGCUGUCCGACGGCGUGGGAUGACAUUCGUUGCUGGUAUCGUGCUGAGGUGGGACAGGUGGUCAACGUCUCGUGUGCCAAUGUGUCCCAGCUGUUUGCUAAUAACCAAGGUUACAUCUACAGGAACUGCACCGAGGACGGAUGGUCCGAGCUCUACCCUUCCUACGAGGAGGCCUGCGUGUUCACAGAGUACGAAGUGUCAGAACCAGAGACAACGUACUUCUCCAACUUCAAGCAGGUGUACACCGCCGGCUACGCUACCUCCCUCAUCUCUCUCAUAUCGGCUAUUUUUGUCUUCACUGUGUUCAGGAAGUUUCACUGCACCAGGAACUACAUCCACAUCAACCUGUUCUUCUCUUUCAUCCUGAGAGCGAGCGCUGUCUUCAUUAAAGAUGGCGUUCUUUUUUCUGAUGAAAACCUGGACCACUGCUUCAUGUCGACUACAUCUUGUAAAUCAGCCGUGGCCUUCUUCCAGUUCAGCAUCCUGGCCAACUACUUCUGGCUGCUGGUGGAGGGCAUGUACCUGCAGACGCUGCUUGCACUCACCUUUGUCUUCCAGAAGAAAUACUUCUGGUGGUACAUACUCAUCGGCUGGGGUCUCCCAACAACGAUCAUAACGGCGUGGAUCCUCACUCGCAACUUCUAUGAUAACAAGGGGUGCUGGGAUGACACAGAUGUGGCUUUCAUCUGGUGGAUCAUAAAAGCUCCAAUAACUGCAUCACUACUGGUGAAUUUCAUCAUCUUCAUCAAUGUGAUCCGUAUUCUGGUCCAGAAGCUGAGAUCUCCAGGCGUUGGUGGCAAUGACACCAGCCACUUCAAGAGGCUGGCCAAGUCCACCCUGCUCCUCAUCCCUCUGUUUGGGAUGCACUACAUGGUGUUUGCCUUCCUGCCAGAAAACACCGGAGCAGAGGCUCGAAUCUUCAUCGAGCUCGGUCUGGGAUCAUUUCAGGGAUUUGUUGUGGCCCUGCUCUACUGUUUCCUGAAUGGCGAGGUGCAAGCAGAACUGAAGAAGAGGUUUUGGAAGUGGCAGACUCAGAGUUACCUGAGCUACAGCAAACGGCGGCGUACGUUGUUCACGGAGAGCAGCACGGUCACGCAGAUAUCCGUCCUGGACAAAUCCAGCCCCAAAGAUCAGCCGACCUCAGAGGCACACACCCUCACACCCAACAACGUCUCCACUGUCUGAGUCACAUUCUCCCUGCGUCACGACACCCGCUUUGUAUUUGGACGUCGUCCUGAGCAAGUGACUAAACCGCAGAGCCCGAUUGUUGAAUGUUUAAGGUACCUUGAAACUGUGUACGAAUUAUCUGCAGAAUCCCACAUGUGCUGACAACUUUACAGGUGUUAACUUUAACUUUUUUUAUUGACAUAUUUCACAUGAUAUUCAUUAUUUUUCAACUUACUUUAGUAUUGGCCGGCAGAGAGGUCACAUAUUUUGUUGCCUUUUGUGUUUAUCAUAGGUCCGAUUUUGCUUCGGGGGCCCUCCUCCACAGCUUACUCACAACCACCAAAUAAUUUCUCCCAUUUUACAAAAGCACCAAUAUCACAACAAGUACACGAUGAAUGUGGCUUCAAAACAUUGUCCUUUCGUUCCUUUUAGAUAUAAAAGGUUUAUUCUGUCGCACCUCCCCCGAGUCCAAAUCCUUCUCACAUUUUUUCUCAUGCUAAGCUGUUCAUACGGGAAAAUGAGCAUUUACAAAAUAGAUUUUCCUUUGUUGUGGUCUCAAGUGGCCCAAAGAUGAACAACAAUCAGGAGGAGUAGGCACAGGAGAGGUUAGUCAGUUACUUCUUGCAGCUGUGAGGUUAAUUAAUGGAGUCUUUUUUUAAAUGUUUACUGAGUUUAAACAUAAAACAGCACAACACACAAUAUCCCCAAAUCCCAGACAGCCAUACAUAACCCAAAAAGGGAAAAAUAAUUUAACUGAAUAAACAACAAUAAUUGCAACGAUUACAGAAAAGGGGGAUAAAAAAGAUGUUAAUUAAUUAUAUGGAAUUAAGUAAAGUAUUGUGUCCAGUCCACUAUUUACAUGUGAGUUUUAGGGUAACCAGUCAUCAGAAGCCCUAUCUUAGGCCCUAGGUCCGAAGAUAAAGUCUUCAUAUUCAAUAAUCUAACACUAUAAAUUACAAUCAAUAAAAAAGGCCAACUCUAUUUCUUCCUUUGUUCCUUUAUAACAAUGUAAUAAAAGUUCAAAUAUUAUAUUCCUCCUUAUACUGGGGACCCCUGUUGGUCUCCAGUUUGAAUAUCACUGCAGUAGAGGGUCUAGAGGAGAGAAGACUUGAUGGAUCUUAGAUGAAUGGGCUGUGUGGCCUCACAGUGACAGAUAAAUGUAUCAAUCCACACACAUUUCAGAAGAUGUUUUAUGGCAGUGAGUUUGCUGGUUUUUUUCCACUAAUGCCUGGCAUAUACUUUAGUCCCUGAAAGGACAUGCUGUUCACACGACUCCCUCACAAUAUUCAGAUCACCACUUAUGCACUUAAUGCUCCCUGAACCUGCAGAUCUGUAUUUGAUUGUUCAGUCUUUUACCUCAUCAAUUAGUGCCAUUCUCCAGAAUUUGGACCUCUGUCUUAUUCUUGCUGUCAUAAUGUAACCUACCAUCAGUGGCUCUGCAUGCAACAUGUUGCACAGUGCACUAGCGCACAUCUGGAGCACUAGACUGUAAAAGCUAUUUAUUUGUCAACGUAUUCUUUUUAUGUUGUUUUUUGUGUGAAUGUAAAUAGAAUUGAACUAGAGUUUACAUGUAUUUUAUGACAACAGUACAGUUCCUCCAACAGAUUUAUAAACCAUAUUAAAGCAACUUGUUACUGUAAAAAAAAAAGAAGAAGAAUCUAAAAUAAUAUAUAAAAAGGAAGUUGGUAUUUAUAUUUAACACAUUUUUUGGUAUCAUACAUGUAAGUUUUAUUCUUAUAUGCUGUCAUAUUGCAAAAUGUGGAGAUAAUUAUACUUUACAUUUUCCUAUUUGUAAGCAUAGGUUUAGUGAUUGCUGUGCUAAUGCUAAUGCUAAUCCAGAACCUGUUUCCUCUGAGAAAUAAUUGUGAGACUACAUGAGCUGUUUUCAAGUUGGCUCGCAGUAUGUGUGUAUCUAUGCUUUGAAUUUUUCUCUUUUGACUUGCAGCUAGCAGGUUGAGUACACUGUCUAUGUAUGUGUAGAUAUGUACAGUAUUAUUCAUGGAAGGAAAUAUUACAUUACUCAGCUACUGACCACUACAGUGCCUUUCUCAUAAAGUAAAACUCCCUUUUCCUCCACAGUUCACCUACAGUACGGUCCCAAUCUGUGUAAGAAAAUCAUAUAUGUAAGAUUAUGAAAGUAUACCAUGUACUUGAGUCUUUGCUGUGCAGCGUAACAGAUGUGCUUCUGUGUUGUGUCAGAUUCAAGACGUGAUAGGAAUUGUGCUCAAAUGACAAAAACAAAGCCUUCAUCCGAUUUGAAAUUGUGCAGCGAGGAAGUGAAGGAUGAUAUUAACAGAGCGUGUUUUGAUGUGGUGUUUUUGAAAGAAAGCUUUUCAUGUUGUGUCUGGACUUUUUUUUAGAUUACAUCCACUUACAGUGUUA